UUCGAGAUUAAACAGUAGGGUAGUUAAUGUUUAUAAGAUAUUCAUGAUAAGGAUAGAAUCUACAUUUUAAACUUUCAAUUAAAGGAAAAAAACAUGUAUAUCAUAGUGAAAUAUGGAAAUAAUGAAUCAUUAUUGUGCAAUCCAAAUAGUGCUGUGAUUAAUUUACUCUCAAGCAUUAAGUCCAGGGCAGGCUUUGCUAAUACAAAUAAGAUAUUGGACCUUUCUGACGAAACAGAAUAUAAACUUAAAUUUUUAACUUUGACGAAAUUCGGUGUUGAAUCCUUAUAUGCACCACUGUAUAUAAUUAAUUCUGUGACAAAAAGUUUGGGUUUGGUAAAAGAAUUAGAUGCACACAAAAAGGACUACGCAUCAAAAUUUUUAUCUUCACAUACCACGUAUGUUUUAGUGGAAAAGGAAUUAUUGGAGGAUGGACACAUAUUGAAAGACGUCACGCCUGUAACUGUGGGCUCUAAAGAAUUUGUUUAUACGCCAUUACUAGAUGAAUACGCCGAAUUAUUUCCUGAAUUUAAAGUCCAUGUGCAAGAGAUAGAACUAAGAAAGCAACGACGCCAGUUAACUAAAUCGCCAAGUCCAGCAGGUCGAUUUCCGAAAAGUAAACGAACACAGAAUAAACAGAAAAGUAAACGAUCUACAACACCUCGUGAAUAGUGUUGUGUUGGACAGGCAUUCUGGCUAAAUCGGCUAAUUUCAUAGCGAUAAUAAUCAUAUGCUUCAAUGCAUCUAUAAAACUAGAGAGUUGCCAUGUUAGUAACAUAAUAAGAGCAGAAGUAAAUAAAAAGCAAAUACUUCAGACAUUUUGUACAUUGGUGUAUACUUUUAUGUAUACUCACUCAAUGCUUCGAUCACAAUAUAAGAAUACAAUAAUACAUCGCUUUGUGCGCUGUACUUCUUACGUAGCACAAUUUACAUUGUAUAUCAUUUGAGCAUCAUUAUAUAUUCAUACG